CGCCUGCGCGGCUGGAAGAGCGAAGGGGGGGGGUGCCGCUGGCGCCUGCGCAGCAGGGAGUUGGGGCGGUUGCCUGCCUGUUGGUUGUUGUAGUAACCGGGGAAGCGUCGGGCGGAGGGAGCUGCGGCCGCCGGGGCUGAGUUGCCCGGAGCUCAGCCCCCUCCCCGGGAAGGCGAGGCUGUAGGUAGCUGCACUGGCUAGAUCCACUGAUUCUAUAUGAAAGGGUCUAAGAGACCACUGUGACUGGGCUGCAUGAAAACUCCCAUAGGAGAUGCCAGUUGGGAUGGCUCGGGACAUGGAGGAAACUGGCUCGUCAUCAGAGGAGGAAGAGGUGGAAGAAGGGCCAGAGGAUCACCCAUGCAUCAUGUGGACUGGUGGCUGCAGGAGGAUCCCCAUAUUGGUGUUUCAUGCAGAAGCCAUUCUGACCAAGGACAGUUACAUCCGCCUGAUUGGAGAGCGCUAUCGCUUGUCCUAUAAGAUUGUGAAAACAGACAGCCGUUUGGUGCGCAGCAUUCUGACUGCCCAUGGAUUCCACGAGGUACACCCCAACAGUAGUGAUUAUAACCUCAUGUGGACGGGCUCCCACCUGAAGCCCUACCUGCUGCGCACCCUCUCAGAUAUUCAGAAAGUCAACCACUUCCCCAGGUCAUAUGAACUGACUCGGAAAGACCGGUUGUACAAGAAUGUUAGUCGCAUGCAGUACACCCACGGGUUCAAGACAUUCCACAUCUUACCUCAGACCUUCAUCCUGCCAGCAGAGUACCAGGAGUUCUGCAGUUCUUAUUCAAAGGACAGGGGUCCCUGGAUAGUGAAACCUGUGGCCUCUUCCAGGGGGCGAGGUGUCUACCUGAUCAACAAUCCGAACCAGAUUUCCCUGGAAGAGAAUAUCCUGGUGUCCCGCUACAUCAACAACCCCCUGCUCAUAGAUGACUUCAAAUUCGAUGUGCGCCUGUAUGUACUGGUGACGUCCUAUGAUCCACUUGUUGUCUACCUCUACGAGGAAGGACUAGCCAGGUUCGCGACUGUGAGAUAUGACCAAGGAACUAAGAACAUUAAAAACCAGUUCAUGCAUCUGACCAACUACAGUGUCAACAAGAAGAGUGGAGACUAUGUCAGCUGUGAUGACCCUGAAGUGGAGGAUUAUGGGAACAAGUGGAGUAUGAGUGCGAUGCUGAGGUACCUGAAACAAGAAGGGAGAGACACAACGACACUGAUGGCCAAUGUGGAGGACCUGAUUAUUAAGACCAUUAUUUCUGCUGAGUUGGCCAUUGCCACAGCCUGUAAAACCUUUCUUCCACACCGUGGCAGCUGCUUUGAGCUGUAUGGUUUUGAUGUCCUUAUUGAUGCUACUCUCAAGCCCUGGCUACUGGAGGUGAACUUAUCCCCAUCCCUGGCCUGUGAUGCUCCUUUGGACUUGAAGAUCAAAGCUAGCAUGAUUUCGGACAUGUUUACCCUUGUAGGUUUUGUGUGCCAGGAUCCGGGCCAGCGGUCAAGCCGGGUAGCCCAUCACUCAUCUGAAUCUGCCAGAAGAAAUCCCUUUCAGAAGCCUCAGACUAUGUCUCUACAGCGUGCCCGCCCUCUGUCUGCCAGUGAUGCUGAGGUGAAAAACGUGGUGCCCUCAGGCAGGGAAAAGGUAGCCGGAAAGCAAAGUGGCUCCAUGCUGGGCCUGUCCAUGGAGGAGAUAAAAGUUCUGCGUCGAGUGAAGGAGGAGAAUGAGCGGAGGGGAGGUUUCAUCCGGAUAUUCCCAACGCCACUAACAUGGGAUCUUUAUGGAUCCUACUUAGAGCACAAGACAACAAUGAAUUAUAUGCUGGGCAUACGUCUCUUCCAGGACAGGGCCAGGAUGAGAAGAGGCCCAGUUUCUGGAAGAGCCCGAGCUGCUCUUAAUGGGGGAGUGGAUCUGGGGCUAGAAGCCAUGGAUUCUAAUGCUGAACUUCGUGCUGCAUUGUAUGAGAGGAAGCUCCUGUCGCUGGAGGUACGGAAGCGCAGACAAUGUCAUAGCAAGAUGAGAGCAGCACGGGCAAGACCACCAGGGACUUCCAAGCUAAAGAAAAUGCCUCUCAAGUCAGAUGCAGAGAGUGAGGAAGAAGAGGAGGCAUGUGAGGAUGAAGAAAUAGAGGUAACUCAAGAUGAAACUGCUGCCUCUCUUACGGACAUGCAGGUGAAAUGCAAGCCAAACCUGUCGGAGAUGAUGGAAGCUGUCCGCCGAGAGAACGUGCUGAAAGACCCUGAACAGAAAGCUGGAGGUGGAGGGGCAGAGCUGCUUCUCCAAGAAGUGGAUCCAGCGCCUCGUUUUAACUUGCUGCAGAUUCUGCAGGAGAAUGGGAAUCUAAGCAAAGUGCAGGCUCGCAGGGCUUUCUCUGCCUACCUGCAUCGUGUUCAGCUGCGUCUGAUGAAGGAGGCUGGGGACCAGAUCCGCAAUGCUGCCUGGGCUGCUAAGGAGGAUGAGCAAAUGGAGCUGGUGGUACGCUUUCUGAAACGAGCAGCCAGCAAUCUUCAGCAGUCUUUGAGGAUGCUACUCCCCAGUCGACGUCUGGCCCUGAAUGAUCGUAGGCGCAUCCUGGCUCACCAGCUGGGUGAAUUCAUAGUCUGUUAUAACAAGGAAACUGAGCAGAUGGUUCAGACAAGAUCAAAAAGGAAACAGGAAGAAGAGGAAGAGGAGGGUGUGAAUGCUGAAGGUUUUCAGGACUUUGUUACUAAGGCAAGUGAGAGUGACCUGGAGGAGGUGCUGACAUUUUACACACACAAGAAUAAGUCAGCAAGUGUCUUUCUGGGAACAAACCCCAGGACCACGAAGCCUAGCAGCAGCAUCAACCAGUCAGAAAGCAGGGCCCAAGGAGAUCUUCCUGAGAUGGUGGAACAAGUGAAAAGGAAUAAGCCCCAACAUUCGGUGGCAGACUCAAGUGGAGAAGGAGAACUGAGAGACAAGCCCAAAGAAGCCAGGCAAUCCCGGCCCCUGUCUUUCACAGAAGAUGAGGCAAAAUUACUCCAGUGCAACCACCCUCGUGCUUCCUCCUCUGUUCCUGGUGCCACGCUCCAGAGAAGCAUCAGUUCCCAGUUGUCAUCUCAUGCCACAGCCUCUAAAAACACACAGGUGCCUGGUCACCACUCCUCCCUGGCUUCUCUAGCUGGUCCCAAACUGACUCAGUCCCCACCCUCCCCACCUUCUUUCCAGAGCCAGAGUACAAUCCCUGACAACUGGUCUGUCUCCACAAACCCAGUGUCCCACCAGACGUCUAACCAUGCAGGGUUGCAUCGUUGUCGGUCUGGCAGCUACACCAUUGGGCCCUUCUCAUCAUUUCAAAGUGCUACUCAGAUCUACAGCCAAAGACUGUCCCGACCAUCCUCUGCUAAAGCAGGUUCGUGCCGUCGCAGUCCAAGUGGGCAGCGCGUGGGCUCAGCCAGGGUGCACAAGGAUGCAGAAAACAGCUCUUCCCAUAGCAGACGCUACAACCACAGUAUUGUAGCAGCAGAGCUGCAGCGGCUGGCGGAAAAGCAAGCAACCAGGCAAUAUUCCCCACCCAGCCACAUCAGCCUCCUUACACAGCAGUUAACAAACCUGAACCUGGCAAGCGGAGCUGUAAGCAGAGGGAGCACAGCCUCCCCUCUCAGCCACCGGUCAGCACUUAACACAGGAGGGUCAAUGUGGGCUGUUCAGCCAGCUACUUCCACAACUGACAGCAAGCCUACCUCCUCAGCAGUCAGGGCUCUAAAGAAUGACAGCUUCGCCUGGGAAGGAGAAUUAGAGAACUGUGUCCACAGCAAGGUGACGGGAAGCCAGCUGGCACAUCCCAAGUGUCAGCCAACUGCUGGCAGCUAUCAGCUCCAUUUUGCCGUGCAGCAACUCCAGCAGCAGAAGCAUCAGUCCCGACAGCUCUUGGAGCAGAGCCGAGCCCGGCACCAGGCUCUCUUUGCCAACCACCCGCCACCCAGCUCCACCAAUAUAUCCAUGCCAGCUGAUUCUGGUGCCCGCAAGACAUCAAGUGCCACUGCCAGCAUCCAGAAGGCAACUAGUUCACACAAAGUGAUGCCAUCCCAGAGUACAUCCUCUCACCUGGUCCCCAAGCCUCCAGCCAAUCAUAGGCAGGCAGUGGUCAGAAAAGUGGCAGCCCAGAGGAUUUCCAAGGUAACUUCUACAGAAGGGCAGCUGAAUGGAUUCCAGAACAGCCUUAGCAGCGCAGCAUCCUGUGAGCCAGGCACAAAAGCCACAGGUCCUUUGGAAGUUGCCCCCCAGCUUAUAUUCGCCAGAUCCAAAUCUUUUUCCAGCCGUUCCAGAUCCAGUGGCACAGUUGUAGGGCAGAGAAAGAGAAAGACAGUGCAGGCAGGGCCAGUUUAAGCUCCUGCUCGCAGUGAUGGAUUAACCCUGAGCACCAGGUGAGAAGCCCAGUGCACCGCUCCUGAGUGCUAGGCAAGGGAUGAAGCAGCAGUGACUGCGCAUCACACCACCAUCCCUUUAACACCCAGAUGAGGUUGACAGUGAGGCCCUGCUGCACAUUCCAAAGAACUCUCUGAGGAGAGGAGAGAAGUUACAUGUCUGUGGGAACUGGUGGUAAGGCUCCGAGCUGAGGGCCACCAUUCCCUCUCAGAGCUUCUGCCACUGAGCCCCCAGGAUUCCUUCUCCUCUCCCACACCACCUUCCACCCACCAGCCAUAGAGACACUCACAUAAGACAGAGGUCCUCUAGCUGUCUGCAUAGUGCUUCCCAAGGUCCAAGUUUGAAGAUGAAGCCUCAUCCACUCAGCCAUUUCAGCCCAUCCUAGUCCUGUAACAGACACAGUUCUCUUCCCUCUAUGAGCACUGCUCACACCAUAUGACAACCAAUGACAGAAGACAAACAGACCAUGUGACGAGAGACAUCCUCUUUGGCUGCCAUCUUGAAUUUUGGCAGGAAGCCAUGGAAAUACUCAGUUUGAAUAAAGUAAUUUCAUUUUGUU